GUUGCGAAAUAGGGAGUCUCGGAAAGUUUUCACGCCCCCGGAAAAUCGGACAUAACUUUCACGCCCCCGGAAAGUCGGACAUCGCGGAGGAGUGGCGGCAGCGUGAGAAAUAAGGCGAGGAUGGACACCCACGACUUCCGUGGUUUUUCCUUUCUCUCACCUUUUUUCUGCUAUAAAAGGGCCGGAUCGAAGACACUCGGCUCAAUCCCGUGCACCGAGUGUAGUACAGAGCAAGCCGCCAUCCUGUGGAAGUUACCCGCUGCAAUUAGACGUCAUUAUGUGCGCAUUGUUAGGACAGACACUCAAAGACACGGACAUUGAGUGUCAAGAGAACAGAAGACGUGAUCGGGGUCGUUGUCUGGACGUGUGCAUGGUCGGGUCCAUCCUCGUCCUAUAUGCAGCGCUCGCUGCCAUGGCUGUGGUGUGUCUCCCUGUCCUGAUGACGCACGGGGACUCAAAGCUGCAGCCGUAUCGCUCUGCAAACGAAGAACAAACACAGAGCCCGCCAUACAAGAUGCAGAACUUUGCUUUCUUGGAGGCAAUCUCAAGCAAGUUGGUGAACUCAACAGUUCAAUGGGAUUCAGUCCACUAUGGCACCGGGAAGUCCGUUGGUACCACCUUCCAUUUUGACUCAAAGCAACACUCACUGAGACCACGAAAGGCGGGGAUGUACUUCAUCUACCUGAAUCUCAACCUGACCUGCACAUACAAUUGCAAUGCUGGCCUUCUCAGCGUAAAUGUGGGGGACACGCUGAGCUGCCAAGUGAAGCUUCUAGCAGACACCCCACGACAAAGCAAGAAGUGUUGGACUGUGAGUUGGCUGAACGGCGACACGUCGUUGCUCACCCAAAUGAGUGUACCAGAAGAAGGAUUGCAGGACUGGAAGCUGGAGCUCAAUGGGUCUAAUUUGGGUAUUUUCCUCGUGGACUAAUAUCUGACAUCAACUAUCCCAACUAAAAAACUCAACCAUGUGAAAGACUUUGCGGAGCUCACGUGGGGGAAAAAAAAAAAAAAAAGAGACAAGUUGCAAUCUUUCUAAUACUAUACAUAUUUAUUUGACAAGAUGGUACUAUUUAUGUUGCAGGUUGCUAUAUGUCCGAUAUGAUGUUGUAUAUUGAGAACACUACAUUAGUGUUAAUGUGCAAUUCACUUUGAUUUUGAGUUGCUGGUUCUCUUUAUUUUAUAAAAUGGCUUCAAGGUUCUCAUCUGGAUUCACUUCAUACCACCUUAGAUAAACAGCAGUGAGGUCACAGUCACGCUAACUGCAACGCUUACUGUAUGUAAAUCAUUCCUUUGGUAUUAACACAAUAGAAGUUAUGAUUUGCUAUGCAAACGAAGAUUACAGAGUAAAUGAAAUAUGUACUGAAGAGUUCCAUUUUGCUAAAUAAACAUAAGCUAGCAGGUAUAUACAGGCCUGUGUACAAUCAUUCACUGCACCGCUUAUCCUGUUCAGAGUUAAAGAGUGCCGGAUUCAAGCCCAGCUUUCUUGGGGCAAAAGGUCCACCAAAUUGGUUGCCACUUACACUUUAACAACCAUUCAGAUUUACGUGUACACUGACUGAGUGGGAGCGGAAUCCACAAUGCGUACACCGGUGACAAGUGAAUACCGUCAGUGACUCCUGUCAAAAAAUGUCAUGCACUUUGCUCGUUCACAUACAAAUCUGAAGAACCUAACAGAAGUAAGGGAAACAUAUGGGUGGGAACAUUGCAUGUACCAUUCAGAGUGUAAAUACACAGAUGUAGCUCUAAAUUUGGGCAUCUUUAAAAAAAAAGUGUAACCAAAUGUACUUUAUUGUUUGAUGUUCAAAAUGUGGACUUGACAAAUGUGAUGAAACAAUGUAGCAAAGUCCAAUGGACAAACUGCACUGUGCUGAUUGUAUCCAUAUUAACAUGGAAAUAAUGAUAAUAAACAUAUAUGAGCUGUA